GUUGCGAGUGUGAGACGAGGCCAUGAGGAUUCGAAAGCGCACCCCUGCUAGGGAAGCAUCGCCGGGACCGCCGCCUCCUCCUCCUCCUCCUCCCCUGCAGCUACAACAAACCAUGGAGAAACCACAGGAGGACGAGGAAAAGGAGAUAGAGGAGGAGGAAAAGUGGGCGAUCCUCGCCGCCAAAGAAGAUGAUGAUCGGGUUCAUCCCGCCGCCGCAGCCUCUGGGAACAGGAACAAGAACAGGAAUAGCAGCGUAACAGAUCAUGUGCCCAAGCCGGAGCCACAGGAGCAGGACGCCGUCGUCGCCAGGUGCAACCGAAACGACGGGAAGCGAUGGCGUUGCAAGAAGGCAACUGUGCCGGGGUACCUAUUCUGUGAUCGCCACAUCACGUGGUCCACACGCAAGCACAAGCCCAGAGCCAAGAAGCCCAAGAGUCACAGCAAUGGCGUCCUAGAGCCUACCACCAUCCCCAAGAAGUUCACAGAGGACCACAACGAGAUGCACCGCAAUGCUGGUUUCUUCAGUGGCUUCUAGCCAGGUUGCUAGAAGAGGGCGGGCGAAUGGCGACGAGCCUACACCUGCACAGACAGGGUUGUACUCUACUUACCAUGAUUUACCUUUAACAUUCCUCUCCGACUGA